CCCUUUACUCGCAUCAUUUGUCUUACAGUAGUGGCAAAAAUGUCCUCUUCCUUGAAGUUUCUGGUUUAUGGCUGUGCAGCUGCCAUGGCCGUGGCAAGCUCGCUGCCUUCGUCGAACUCGAGCGCCACCAGAGCAGCUGUGAAGAAAUUUCCUGAGUGCACCUCGUUGCAUCAGAGAAAGUCCUGGACUGCGAUGACGACCACCGAGAAGAAGGCCUACAUCGACGCCGAGCUCUGCUUGAUGAACAAGGCCCCCAAGCUGGGCGUCGCCGGCUCGCAGAACCUUUGGGAUGACAUGAUGUACGCCCACAUCUACCAGGCCAAUGUCAUCCACAACGACGGUCCGUUCCUUCCCUGGCACAGACUGUACAUGCGUGUCCAUGAGGUCUAUCUCCAGACCGAGUGCGGCUACGAAGGAGGUCAACCCUACUGGAAUGAGCUGGAGGAUGCCGAAGCCGGUUUCUUGAACCAAUCUACCGUCUUCGACGCCGAGACCGGAUUCGGAAGCUUCAAGAAUGGCGACAAUGGCUGCGUUGCCGAUGGGCCGUUUGUGAACCUGACGAUGCACUUGAACCAGACCAGCAGCGAUGCGAACUUCUGCUUGACCCGCGAUCUCGACCAAGACAGCUUCUACCAGGCCAACAGCACCUACGUCAGCGAAUGCAUGGCCAUCGAUACCUACGUCGACUCGUGGAACUGUUGGGGCACGGCACCCCAUCUUGCCGGCCACAUGGGCGUCGGCGGUACCAUGUUGGACGUCGUCUCGAGCCCUGGUGACCCUCUGUUCUUCCUUCACCACACCAACCUUGACCGAUUGUGGUGGGAGUGGCAGUCCGCCAACCUCACCGCUCGCCUCAACGAGAUUGGUGGACCCGUAGUGGCUUCAGACGCCUUCCUCACCAUGUCCAACCUCGAUUACCCCGGUGCUGAUCUCCUGGACUACAACGGCGAGAACGGAGGCAACGUGACCACCAUGGCCCACAACCUUUGGACUGCUGGACUGUUGCCCAACGCUACCAUUGCGGAUCUUAUGGAUAUUCGCGGCCCCAUCAGCUGUGCGACUUACGUUUGAGUCUACUGCAACAUGUCUGUGAGGUUGGGCAGGUAGCACGGCUAAAGUUUCAUGCGGUGGGAUACCGGUAGAUGAUGUGGGGGCCGCACCACCUACCACCACCUACCACCACCUUACAUGUAGCUUUGAGUCUGUUAAUCUCUCUUAGUCCUCCUUAGCCCAGCCAACUAAAGUGCAUGGCUAUUCAUGCGCUAGAUAACCGAGGUACUUGCAAUGCCUCGUAAGCUUUACUUUCUUCUGUAGAUAUUCAAGGUUGUACAACGGCAAUAGACUG